UUUGUUUACAUUUUAACUUGCUGUUGGGUGUCGCUGCGAUCGAGCACAAAAACAUACAUCGAGUGUUUUCCUCAAAGUUUGUUUUAGUUAGUUUAGAUUGAAUAAAAUAAUGACUAGCACGUUGGAAGAGCAGGCGUUGAAGAGGAAGGAAAGGCUUCUCGCUUUGAAACGCAAGAGAAACGGCGAAGAGGAAACAGAAAACGGAGAGAAGGAAUCGAACAUAACCCUGCCCAAGCCCGUAUUCAGGAGCUACAAGCCAUCAGAUGAGGAGCUGAACGGAAACGUUUUGCCGCAAGCAGAACCUGCUGAUUUCACAGAAGAGAUUAAGGAGCAACUGGAUGCGGCCAAGGAGAAAGUGGUGAUAGACGAAUUGGAUAUAACGAAUUUGGCGCCGAGGAAACCGGAUUGGGAUCUCAAGAGGGACGUUGCCAAAAAGUUGGAGAAACUUGAAAGGAGGACGCAGAAAGCGAUCGCGGAACUGAUCAGGGAUAGACUCAAACAGAGACAGGAGGACCUUGCGACAAUGGUCAACGCAGCCACAAAUUUAUAACAUUGUAACAAUAAUAAUAAUAAUCUAUAUAACUCGUAUUUAAUAAAUAAA